AUGAACGACCUCUUAAAGGGUUCUUCAGAGUUCUCGAGAGAUAGAUCUAAUAGAAGCGAUAUUGAGUCAGGACAUGGCUCAUGUAACUCUGGAGAUCUUGGCCUCGCUGGUUUCUUCAAUAAGGUCCAAGAAAUCGAAAAGCAAUAUGAGAAGCUUGAUAAGCAUCUCAAGAAGCUUCAGAUUGCACACGAGGAGACUAAAGCCGUUACUAAGGCUCCUGCAAUGAAAUUAAUCAAACAGAGGAUGGAGAGAGAUGUUGAUGAAGUGGGAAGAAUCUCUCGUUUCAUCAGAGGAAAGAUUGAAGAGUUAGAUCGUGAGGUUAGGCUUAGAGUUAGAGGUGCAUUCAUUAUAGCCUCUCUUUUCAUGAUCUGUUCUUCUUUGUUUUUUACUCUAAUUGGUUUCUACAGAAUCUUGAGAACCGGAGUAAACCGGGUUGUGGGAAAGGAACUGGUUGCGGUAAAAAAGAAGUUCAAGGACAAGAUAUGUGAAUUCCAAACUCUAAGACAAAACAUUCACCAAGAAUACAGAGAAGUUGUAGAGAGGCGUACGGUUGAUCGAUUGAUUGAAACCGGAGACAGUGAGCAGAUUUUCCAAAAAGCAAUCAUGGAGCAAGGACGAGGUCAGAUAAUGGACACACUGGCUGAGAUUCAGGAACGCCAUGAUGCUGUCAGAGAUUUAGAGAAGAAACUCCUUGAUCUACAACAGGUGUUUCUUGAUAUGGCUGUGCUGGUGGAUGCACAGGGAGAGAUGCUAGACAACAUAGAGAAUAUGGUCUCAAGCGCUAUAGAUCAUGUUCAAUCAGGAAACAACCAACUAACAAUGGCACUAAAGAAACAGAAAAGUUCACGGAAAUGGAUGUGCAUUGCCAUCCUAAUCCUUCUUAUCAUCAUCAUCAUAACCGUUGUCUCUGUUGUCAAACCAUGGACACAGAAACAGAAACAUGGUGCCUAA